AUGGAGCUGCCAUUGGAUCAGAAUGAUUUAGUCCUGUCGGAAUUUCGAGCUUGGGACGCGUACAAUAAACUGGAUACGCAAGCUUCAGGAUCAGCUUUUGAAACGGCUUUAAAGCGACAGAACAAAUUGUUUGCACCUUUGAUGAAAAAGUUUCGUGGAUUUGAGGCGAGAAUUUGUGCAAUAUCUGGAAUGGAAAAUGUUGCAGCAUUGGAAGAACAUUGGCAGCAGUAUUUGAAUUUUGUGAAACACCGUGUUGUGCCGUUAAUGGCGAGUGAUACGACAGAUUUAGAAAAAGGGAGACAAAUUGUCACGUGCUUGUACGAGCGUGCGGUAUCGACUUUAUGUCUGAGCCCCACGCUUUGGAAAAAUUAUCUUGAAUACGUGGAGGUUGACCAGAUGAAUGCUGAUAAAUCCGAAAAGGUAGAGUGGAAAAAGUUGGUAGUCGCGCAAAGAGCUGUACGAAAUGUGCCAUUCGACUCCUUUGCGUGGACAGAGUUGCUGGUCGAGAUGGAGCGAAAGGAGGACAAACCUGCCGAGAAAAUCUCACAAUUUGUGCGAACAAAUUUACUAGCACGCUCGAAUUCACCUAUGAAUCAGUUCCAUUUGUUCAGUGUUCUGAUUGCAUGGUGCGACUCGAUACGCCGUCAUGCCUCUACCAGUAUUGGCGGGAAAUCUCUUGAAGACACGUCACAGCAGGUGGAGUCACUGGUUAGUGGGGUUUUCUCAGAAUGUGAGCAAUUUAUGAGUAAAGCUUUUCCGGACUUUCUAGAGGGUAAGCUUCGGUUGGUAGAAUACCAAGCAAAAUGUUACUGGGCACUGAUGCCAUCCGCUGAAUCCCCAACGCGUGCUUCUGCAAUUGCGUUAAAAGUUUCCAAACUGAAUGAAUUGUGGAAAAAGACGCUUGACACACCUCUUGGAAAUCAGGCUGCUACUUGGAUUGCCUACUUCAAGUCAAUUCGACGCAUGAAUGUAUACUCCACUGACAUCAUACGCACGAUGGUCUUUGACAAGGCUGUGCAACGCGUUACGGAUUUCCCAACCGUCCUGGCUGAGUCAUGGCUUGUCUUUGAGCGCGAAAAUGGUGAUUUGUCAAGUUAUCUUCGUGCACGCCAAUAUUACGCGAAGCACCAUGCAGUCGUGCGAGCAGUUCCGGCUCAAGUUGCCACCCCCGUUUCAAGUUUUACGCACGAUGAAGGAGACAAAACGACGAUACGUGCCAAGAAGCGUAAGGCAACUACUGGAGCCAAGCAGAGUAAGGGUUCACAGAUGCAAUCUUCCGCAAAGCGUGCUAAGCUCAAUGCGUACAACGCCGGAAGAGACGAUGCUAGUAGCAAGGUCGUUGGCGAAAAAAAGAUGAUGAAAAAAGCAGAGAAGAAGCAGGCGCAUGAGACUUUGACAAAUGAACACACGCUCUUUUUGUGCAACGUGUCGAAGGAGGCCAGUAAGGAGGAUAUCGAGGAGAUAUUCAAGGAUAUCUCUUCUCUGAAAGAUGUUCGGCUUGUUUUGAAGACGCGCGGCGACCGAACGAUAUCGCGCGGGAUGGCAUACGUCCAAUUUACGGACGACAAUGGCGUUGAAAUUGGACUCAAGAAAGAUGGGUGCUUGCUUCAUGGGCACCCAUUGCGUGUCGAGCGCUCGAAGCCACCAGCAAUUUCGGCCUCUACGGGUGCAGGAAAAUCUGGACAAGGAGGUGACGGGUUCUGGAAAACUGAUCCAUUGACGAUAUAUGUUGGCGACCUGAACCGCAAGGGGUCUAAGGAGCAAGUAAGUGAAGAACAGCUGCAGGCUUCGCUUCAGCAGGUAAUGCAAUCGACAGGUAAACUUGUGGUUGUUAAUCGCGUAUGCAUCUUGAAGGAUCGUCAUGGCAAGUUGAAGAAUUAUGGGCUCGUGGAAGUAGCCGAGCCUUCACAAGUUGCGUUUUGCCUGGACAACGUCGCUGCUUUGAAAGCGAAACUAGGCGAUCAAGUGACGCUAAAGGCUUCUCGCUUUUCCAUCGCCCAUGUCCUCGAACAGCAGAAGAAGCAGCAACAGCAAAAGCAAAAGCCGCAGCGGAAUUCAAGCCUCAUUUCUCUACGCAAGCAAGGUGGAGCAACUAGCAAAGGAGUUCAUGAAGUGCAUGCACGACCGUCUACGCGCCUUGCUCUUGUAUCACGUGGGUCUGUCACAAGUUUAAUGCCACGCGCUCUUCGCCGAAAAGUAGCUGCCCAAGAAAAGAAAAUUUCGAGAAUCGAGACGAAAGCGGAUGCCGGAACUGUGACACCCAAGAGUAAUGAGGACUUUCGGAGAAUGCUGUUGGACAAGUCAAGCCUUUGA